AUGGAUAAAAAUUCUGUACUGGGAGAUGCUAUCAAGUAUUUGAAACACCUCCAAGAGCGUGUGCACACUAUUGAGGAACAAUCAACAAAACAGAACCUGGAAUCUGUGGUUGUCAAGAGAUCGAGGCUUCAAAUGGAAGACGAGGGAUCGUCCUACGAGAUUAACAGUUCCUGCGAACAGCAUUUGCCGGAAAUAGAAGCUAGAGUGUGCAACAACCACAUUCAUCUCAGUAUCCACAGUAAGAAACGCAAUGGGGUUCUGUCGAAAAUACUAAGUGAGGUCGAGAAGCUCAAUCUCAUUGUAAUAUAUACUAAUGUCACACCAUUUGGAAAUUUCUCCUUUGACAUAAAAAUUAUUACUGAGAUGGAGGAACAAUCCAGCUUGACCGCAAAAGAGAUCGUAAAAAUUCUUGAUUCGGCCCUCCACCGUACUGCAUAG